AUACUGUUGGUGAUCUCAGCAUUGUCUCUGUAUAAAAGAAAGGCCACUAGGGGGUAGAGCUAGAAGCCCAGUAGACAAAGAAGGUAAGGGCAGUGAGAAUGAUGCAUCUUGCAUUCCUUGUGCUGUUGUGUCUGCCAGUCUGCUCUGCCUAUCCUCUGAGUGGGGCAGCAAAAGAGGAGGACUCCAACAGGGAUCUUGCCCAGCAAUACCUAGAAAAGUACUACAACCUCGAAAAGGAUGUGAAACAGUUUAGAAGAAAGGACAGUAAUCUCAUUGUUAAAAAAAUCCAAGGAAUGCAGAAGUUCCUUGGGUUGGAGGUGACAGGGAAGCUAGACACUGACACUCUGGAGGUGAUGCGCAAGCCCAGGUGUGGAGUUCCUGACGUUGGUCACUUCAGCUCCUUUCCUGGCAUGCCGAAGUGGAGGAAAACCCACCUUACAUACAGGAUUGUGAAUUAUACACCAGAUUUGCCAAGAGAUGCUGUUGAUUCUGCCAUUGAGAAAGCUCUGAAAGUCUGGGAAGAGGUGACUCCACUCACAUUCUCCAGGAUGUAUGAGGGAGAGGCUGAUAUAAUGAUCUCUUUUGCAGUUAAAGAACAUGGAGACUUUUACCCUUUUGAUGGCCCAGGACACAGUUUGGCUCAUGCCUACCCACCUGGACCUGGGCUUUAUGGAGAUAUUCACUUUGAUGAUGAUGAAAAAUGGACAGAAGAUGCAUCAGGCACCAAUUUAUUCCUCGUUGCUGCUCAUGAACUUGGCCACUCCCUGGGGCUCUUUCACUCAGCCAACACUGAAGCUUUGAUGUACCCACUCUACAACUCACUCACGGAGCUCGCCCAGUUCCGCCUUUCGCAAGAUGAUGUGAAUGGCAUUCAGUCUCUCUACGGACCUCCCCCUGCCUCUACUGAGGAACCCCUGGUGCCCACAAAAUCUGUUCCUUCGGGAUCUGAGAUGCCAGCCAAGUGUGAUCCUGCUUUGUCCUUCGAUGCCAUCAGCACUCUGAGGGGAGAAUAUCUGUUCUUUAAAGACAGAUAUUUUUGGCGAAGAUCCCACUGGAACCCUGAACCUGAAUUUCAUUUGAUUUCUGCAUUUUGGCCCUCUCUUCCAUCAUAUUUGGAUGCUGCAUAUGAAGUUAACAGCAGGGACACCGUUUUUAUUUUUAAAGGAAAUGAGUUCUGGGCCAUCAGAGGAAAUGAGGUACAAGCAGGUUAUCCAAGAGGCAUCCAUACCCUGGGUUUUCCUCCAACCAUAAGGAAAAUUGAUGCAGCUGUUUCUGACAAGGAAAAGAAGAAAACAUACUUCUUUGCAGAGGACAAAUACUGGAGAUUUGAUGAAAAUAGCCAGUCCAUGGAGCAAGGCUUCCCUAGACUAAUAGCUGAUGACUUUCCAGGAGUUGAGCCUAAGGUUGAUGCUGUAUUACAGGCAUUUGGAUUUUUCUACUUCUUCAGUGGAUCAUCACAGUUUGAGUUUGACCCCAAUGCCAGGAUGGUGACACACAUAUUAAAGAGUAACAGCUGGUUACAUUGCUAGGCGAGAUAGGGGGAAGACAGAUAUGGGUGUUUUUAAUAAAUCUAAUAAUUAUUCAUCUAAUGUAUUAUGAGCCAAAAUGGUUAAUUUUUCCUGCAUGUUCUGUGGCUGAAGAAGAUGAGCCUUGCAGAUAUCUGCAUGUGUCAUGAAGAAUGUUUCUGGAAUUCUUCACUUGCUUUUGAAUUGCACUGAAUAGAAUUAAGAAAUACUCAUGUGCAAUAGGUGAGAGAAUGUAUUUUCAUAGAUGUGUUAUUACUUCCUCAAUAAAAAGUUUUAUUUUGGGCCUGUUCCU